AGUACUAGCAUGGCGCUCGGUGUAGUUGGAGUACCGUUGUCUCGCCUGCUUGCUUUUCAUGUUAGGUUUUACUCUAGUAUUUACUAACUGUAUUUCUGUUCUAUAUAUUGAACGCCUCUGGAGACCUUUUAAGAACAAUAUUGCGUGUUGAAUACUCUAAAUACGUGGCAAGUAGGUAGCUUGCUAACUAGUAACGUUAGCAAGAAGGCAAGAAUUAGAAGAUACGGGGCAACAAGAGGAGGAGUCCUGUUUUGGAAGGGAUGAUGCAGAUGCCAUGGCCAUAGCCGAGGCAUGGGAGUGACGUGAUGGCACUGGUCCUGCUUCCACACAAACACCUUUUCAGCCUCUUGUUUUUCUGCUGAACAGGAGGCAGAACACUCAGAGAAUGGACGAGUCAGUGUUGUUGGAUUUACUUGAGUGCCCUGUCUGUCUUGAGCGGCUCGAUGCCACAGCAAAGGUGCUUCCCUGUCAGCAUACCUUCUGCCGCCGAUGCCUCCAAGGCAUCCUGGGGUCGCGUGGAGAGUUGCGCUGUCCAGAGUGCAGGACGUUAGUGGAGUGUGCUGUGGAUGAACUCCCCAGCAACAUCCUUCUUGUGCGUCUUCUGGAUGGUAUAAAGCAGAGACCUCGAAGGGCAGGUCCUGGAGCAGGAGUCUGUACAAAUGGUACAUCUGGGGCUGUUGCCAGAGCACACAGCAGCGGAACCAGGGACCAGGGCACCCCAGGAGCGCAACCCCAGCGAGCUCAGGCUAAGAGCACCCUUGUGCGGGGUGUACCUCAGCUCCCUUGUGCCAAGGCUCUUUACAACUAUGAUGGCAAAGAACCAGGGGACCUCAAGUUCAGCAAAGGUGACAUCAUCAUUCUACGACGGCAAGUGGAUGAAAACUGGUACCAUGGGGAGAUGGGAGGCAUCCACGGCUUCUUCCCCACCAACUUUGUGCAAGUUAUCAAGCCGCUGCCGCAGCCACCACCUCAGUGUAAAGCUCUGUACGACUUUGAGCUUAAAGAUAAGGAGGCAGACAAAGACUGUCUGCCCUUCUCUAAGGAUGAUAUCCUGACUGUGAUACGCAGAGUGGAUGAGAACUGGGCAGAGGGAAUGCUGGGAGAUAAAAUUGGAAUUUUUCCCAUCUCAUAUGUUGAGUUCAACUCGGCAGCUCGGCAGCUUAUAGAGUUGGACAAGCCGUCGGACUCCAGCGGAGACUCUGGAGAGGGGGCCUCCUCGGGGCCCCAGAGCAAUGGUGCCCAGCGUGCAGGGGAGAAGAAGAACAGCAAGAAGCGACAUUCCUUCACCUCUCUGACCAUGUCCCACAAACCCAUGCUAGCUCCUCCCCCUCAGCGCCACUCCAUGGAGAUUAGUGGACCUGUUCUCAUCAGCUCCAGCAACCCCACAGCUGCUGCCCGAAUUGGGGAGAUCAGUGGGGGACUGUCCUGCAGCGCACCUUCACAGGUACACAUUUGCACAACUGGGCUAAUCGUGACCCCACCCCCUAGUAGUCCUGUCACUACGGCAACGGUCUUCACAUUUCCCUCAGAGACAAGUUACACAUCUAUCCCUGUGGAUGCUCUCCCACCACCCCCACCACCUCCCCCUCAGUCCUCUGCUGGCGGAGCUGCAUAUUCAUUGGCUGCCGGACAGAGACCCUCCCCCAGUAUAAGCGACCAAACUGGGAGACAAAGACCCACAGUCUACGUGGCAAUGUUCCCCUACACUCCCCGUAAGGAGGACGAGCUGGAGCUGAGGAAGGGAGAGAUGUUUCUGGUGCUUGAACGGUGUCAGGAUGGUUGGUUCAAAGGCACUUCCAUGCACACAGGCAAGAUUGGAGUCUUCCCUGGAAACUACAUGAGUCCAGUCAGCAGGACAGCAUCGGGGAGCACCCAGCCCAAAGUGCCCUUGAGCCUGUGCACUCAGGCUGGCAGAGGUGUCACCAUUGUCAGCCCCUCGUCUGCCCCCCUGGGUGCCAUCGUACCUGGGCCGGACUUCAACAAACCCCUCACUGUGUGUUCUAGUGCUGUAUCUGCAAGCCCCCAGCCUGUGGUGGCGGUAACAGCAGCUCAGACAGCCACAGGUCAACAGCCAAAGGCUCCAAUGCACAUCAGCUCUCAGAUGACUGUGAAUCAGGCUCGCAACGCAGUCAGGACAGCUGCCUGUCAUAGCCAGGACCGCCCCACAGCAGCAGUGACACCCAUCCAGUCUGCGACACCUGUGACUUAUCUCCCACAUCUCGCAGUGUGCCCGCAGCCUUCCUCCAAUGCUUCCCUGGGCUGCACCCGGGCUGGAGUGGCCAUGGGCUGCGCCGCUGCCUCUUUGACCCCACCCAACGUCAGCGCUGCAUCCUUGGAGGGUGACGCUCUGAGGCCGAUACCAGUCCUCUCUGUGCCUGGGAACAGCUCUGCUCUGAACCCCAACCAAUCCACCAACGCUGCCCUCGCCUGCAGACUGGACAAGGAUGUCAAGAGAGAAAAGAAAAGUCUACUGAAGCUGCUGUCCUCCAAUAAGAAGAAGUCUCGCCCUUCGCCCCCCUCGUCUCCCACCCUGGAGGCGGAACAGGUCGCUGCUGGAGAGCUCCUCCAAGGCGCUGUGGGACCUGACACUUCCUCGCCCUCCAGCUCUGUUAUCGCCCUGGAGCCUGAACCUGCUGCUGCUUCUGCCUCUUCUUCUUCUUCCUCGUCAUCAUCUUCCUCCUCAGCCCCAGAGCCCUCUCACAGGAAGGGCAGCCCCCUGGAUGGAUGCGCCCCUAUCGCCCCUCCUCCCCGGCAGCCCUGCUCCUCUCUCUUAUCUCAACAACAUGACGCACGGCCCAUCAUAUGUGAGAGGUACAGAGUGGUGGUAUCAUAUCCUCCCCAGAGCGAGGCUGAGCUGGAACUGAAGGAGGGAGACAUUGUGUUUGUUCACAGGAAGAGGGAAGACGGCUGGUUCAAAGGAACGCUGCAGAGGAACGGCAGGACCGGACUGUUCCCCGGCAGCUUUGUAGACAGCAUUUAACAACACACAACCAAACACAUCAGCCCAGUGAAGGUUGCCAGUACCCUACUUGUCAGACAUUUGAUUUUCUUUCGGGGCCAACUGUGGCUCUGGUCACUAAAAACAGAACAAUGACAAAGCUGCAGAGAAGAACAGGAUAUAUUGUCGAUAAAAGCACAGUGGAGAAAGUCGGAGGAGAGCACACUACUCAUGAACUUUACUUUUUUCUUCGUUAUUUAUAUCUUUGUAACAAUUCAGCUGUUAAAUGUGUGCCUUGUACUGUUCCUCACUUUAUUGUAUAUAAGGAUACAAAGACAAUUAGUCCUAAAACAACCAAUAUGAGCUGUUGAUAUAGAUAUGUAACACACUUUAACUUAUUUCAUAGAUUGGCCUUUUUUGUAGUGCAACAUUUUAAGGGGUUAAGCUGGCACACGCCUUAUGCUCUGUUUUAACAUUUAUACUCUUCUCCCUUAUGCUGCUGAUAAAAGUUAUCGUCCUAGACUUUCAGCAGAUGGGAGGAUCAGAUGCAGCAUGCCAGAACAAAUAGGCAGUGUCAUCCCUUGUGCUGCAGAGUAGAAAAAAAGGAUUUUUUUUGCCAGCUCCAAAGGCAUUACCUAAACCUGAGGAUUGGUGAACAGAUUUUUCACAUUCUAGCUACAAUUCACAUCCGUGUGAACAUUGCACAUCACAGGUAUAUCUGUGGGUCAUUCACUGGCCUCUCAUCUUUUCCUGCUUUUGGUGUGACAGAGGUUGAAGUUUUUAAAGACUGUUCUACCUGCAGGCUUAAUAUUUGCAUGUGAUUAGCAAUGCAACAUGCAGGAUUUGAAGUGACCGCAGAAGCAUUUUGUUAUGCCUUUUUAAAAAUGCAAAAAAAACACACUCCAAAACAGGCUUUGCAGUUCGGAUAUUGCUUACUUUGUACCUGCUUUUUAUUUACUGACCAGAGUAGCUGCUCUCCUAACCUCUCGGCGUCUCUAGCCAAACCCAGACGUAGCUCGGAAUCACAAGGGUGACGAGACAUUUCAGUAACGGCGCACAACAGAUUCUUUUUUAGUGUAUAUUUAUGUUACAAAUUCCACAGAGGCUGACACCUGCUGCUCUUAACCUGGAGACGCAGUCGAGGCACACAGGACACCCUUCAUCAAGCUCUAGACUUUAAACACUAAACUCAUUCCUAAUGUGACUUAAGGCAAUAAAAAAAAAAAAAAACAAAGCUAGCUAAAGCACAGAAUGUUUGCCUAAAGUAACAUAUCAUUGUAUCACUCCACAAAAAAGAGGUGUGGAAAUCUGUGGAAAUGUGUCUAGAAACCAAUCACUUUGACCCCCUUGAUUUUUGAUUUAGGGUUGGGUUUUAUUUUGUUUCGUCUACACAAAGUUUUAAUGAGUGUUGUUAAGACUUGAAUUACUGUAAGUUUUCCUUGUGAUCAGUGGGGAUUUGUAGUUUUGGUGUUUAAAAAGAAAUGGGAUAGGUAGAUUCUUAUUGAAUACUUUGGAAAGUGAAGACCAGUUUGUAGUCACAAAAGCACAAAUUAAUGUAUUUUGCCCCCAAAGUUAAGUUGUUUGAUGUAAAUGAAAGCCUGCUAGUGCACCUGAAGGUACAAAAGUUUCAUUAUAGUUGGAAGUGCUCAUUAUAGUCUGGCUGUAAUGUGACUUAUUCAUCUGAUCUUCACCAUGUUCUCUGAGGUCUGAGGGGUAAUUUAUAACACUCAAGACUGAGGCAAUCACUGAAUUGUGCCGAAUUUGACAUUUCAUAUUUUGCUUUUAAGAAUUAAUUAACUGACUGAAUUGAGAACCAGAGUUUUUGUAUUUUUUAUUUUAUUUUUUUUGUGUUUUGUUGUUAAUUGAGGGGACCACUGUGUAACUGACUGCUGGAAUAUGUUGUAGUUUGUGUGAAAUUUGGAGUGUGGAAAAGGAUGGUACAAAUCACUGUUAGGGCCUUUAUUUUCUUUUUUGUCUUUCUGAAUUGGUACUUAUUGUUAGAAAAUAACCUGAUGUUGCUUUGUUGUCUUGGCAGUCACCACACCAACCUCAGGCUCUGUGCUAAACUCUUUCUCUUGAGUGUUUUUUCACUUCACUGGGAAGCCUUUAAAAUACAAAUGCACACAUUCAUGCACUACCGUAACAUUACUGACUUCUUGUCCAUGUUAUUCAUGCAUCGGCUGCACAGUUGCACAUUGUGAAUUGUGUGUCUUUCAGCAGUUACCAUACUACAGUAUGUUUUCAUUUAUUAACUUAACAGAUGUUCCUCAUGCCAAGGUGACUUACUUGAUUUUUUUUUCUUUUUUUUUUUUUGUCUAGUUAGUCUAUUUUAAUGUCAAAAAUGGUGAAACUGAACAACAUAUUUGGCACAAGUCUAUUAUGUGAAAAACAUUCUGAAGUAUUUGAGGGAAUAGCACAUUUUGUAAAAAUCUAUAUAACAAUAAAAGCUAAUGGUUUCCAUA